AUGGCCACAUCGGAUCCUGCUCUGAACUUCUGCAAAACACCCGUCAAACUUUUGGAGGAGCUGAACAGCUUCUGCUGUCGCUUGUGGCAUCUGCUGCCCUUCGAGCAGCAGGGGAUGGCACUUGGGUACCUCAAAUGCGACACGGAUGAUGGCUGUGAGGCCAAGGAGGAGACGGGGGGCGAGGAGCUCUUCGACGCGGUGAACUCGUCCAUCGUCUCGGGGGACAGCAUCCGCUUCUUUGUCAACGUCAACCUGGAGGUGCCGCCGAAUGCCACCGCUGAAAAUGAAAGUGCUGGCUGCGUGUUACUGCACACAUCAAGGAAGUACCUGAAAUUAAAGAAUUUCGAGGAGGAAGUCAGAGCCCACCGAGACUUGGAUGGGUUCUUGGCCAGAGCCAGCAUCAUCCUUGAUGAAACAGCCACCUCCUUGGACGAUGUUCUUCGAGAGAUGUUGAAACACUUUGCUGAGGAUCCUGAGAACAUGGAGCCAAGCUGCAACUUUGAAAAAAUCAUGAGCACUUUAUUCACGGAUUCAGGGACCCCACGAGAAGGGAAUGGCACCCAUGAUGUUUCAGAGUCAACAGGAAUGAAUAUACAAACAUGUACAUCGCACCUCAAAUUUCACCUUCUAUCAGAUACAAUUCAAGGGGUCACAGCGACAGUCACAGGGGUGCAGUAUCAGCAGUCCUGGCUCUGUAUCAUUUGCACUAUAAAGUCCCUUCAGCGACGUCACGUUUGCAUCAGCCGCCUGGAGAGGCCUCAGAAUUGGGGUGAAAACUCCUGUGAAGUGAGAUUUGUGAUAUUAGUCCUGGCUCCUCCUAAAAUGAAAAGUACAAAAACAGCUACAGAAGUGGGCAGGACCUUUGCCACAAUGUUUUCGGACAUAACCUUUCGGCAGAAACUCCUAGAAACCAAAACGGAAGAGGAGUUCAAGGAAGCCUUAGUCCACCAACGCCACUUGUUGACGGUGGUAAAUCAGAGACCCUCAACGAUGAGCGAUGGGCACAAGUCGCAUGGUCCUAAACCACUCAAGUUGCAUGAGUUUCUCAAUGUUGGCAAGGGGAUUUCUGAUGACAUUGCACGAAGAUUUCCAGUGUACGCUUUGGACUUCACUGAUGGUGUUAUUGGAAACAACAAAGCUAUAGGAAAAUACAUCACGACUAUGAUCUUUCUGUAUUUUGCCUGCCUCCUUCCAUCCAUUGCAUUUGGGUCACUCAAUGAUGAAAACACCCGGGGAGCUAUUGAUGUGCAGAAGACAAUCGUCGGCCAGUGCAUUGGAGGGCUGCUUUAUGCGCUUUUUUCGGGGCAACCUCUAGUUGUACUCCUAACUACGGCUCCUUUAGCACUCUACAUUAAUGUCAUCCGAGGAAUCUGUGAUGACUACAACUUGGAUUUCAGUGCUUUCUAUGCCUGGAUUGGACUAUGGAACAGCUUUUUCCUUGUCAUGUACUCCCUCUUUAAUUUCAGUCUUCUGAUGAAACUCUUUAAAAGGUCAACAGAAGAAAUAAUUGCACUUUUUAUAUCCAUCACGUUUGUGCUUGAUGCCUUCAAAGGCAUUAUUAAAGUUUUUAAGAAAUAUUACUACCAUGGGCGCACAGGAGACAGUUACUUGGAAAAAGCACGAACUGAUGCUAUUCCAAGCCUCGGCAUCAAUACCACCUUCUUGAUGAAUUCAUCAGUGAGCAGAUCCAUGUCCCUAGAGAAUCAAACAGGCACGCAUGAUGUGCAUUAUGGGCGUGAAACUGCCGUCCUUAGUCUCAUGUUGAUGUUGGGUACCCUUUGGCUUGGUCAUACGCUCUAUCAGUUUAAGAAAAGCCCGUAUUUGCAUGCAAGAGUGCGUGAAAUUCUAUCCGACUGUGCCUUACCGAUUUCAGUUCUGACUUUCUCUGUUGUGGGUUCCUAUAUCUUCAAGGAAAUUGAAAUGUCCAAAUUUAACUACAACCCAUCUGAGAGCUUGUUUGUGCUGGCCCCAGUCCAGUCCCUCUCCAUUGGGUCGGUGAUGAGCGCCAUGGGGCUGGGGUUCCUCCUGUCAAUGCUCUUCUUCAUAGAGCAGAACAUCGUGGCGUCGCUCACAAAUGCCCCGGAGAACAGGUUGGUGAAGGGAACAGCUUAUCACUGGGACCUCCUGCUUGUUGCGCUGAUUAACACAGGCCUGUCCAUCUUCGGCCUCCCGUGGAUCCAUGCUGCCUUCCCUCACUCCCCAAUGCACGUCCGCGCCCUGGCCUAUGUGGAGGAGAGGGUUGAAAAUGGACACAUCUACGAGACGAUUGUGAGCGUGAAGGAGACCCGUUUGACAAGUCUGGUGGCAAACUUCUUGGUUGGCCUGUCGAUCCUGCUCCUCCCUUUCCCUCUCCAGUGGAUCCCAAAGCCAGUCCUCUAUGGCCUCUUCCUCUACAUUGCGUUGACCUCCAUUGAUGGGAACCAGCUUUUUGAAAGGGUGGCUCUCCUGCUCAAAGAACAGACUGCUUAUCCUCCGACGCAUUACAUCCGCAGAGUGCCCCAGAGGAAGAUCCACUAUUUCACAGGCUUGCAGGUCCUGCAGCUCCUCAUCCUCUGUGGUUUUGGCAUGUCACCGUUGCCCUACAUGAAGAUGAUCUUCCCGCUCAUCAUGAUAGGGAUGAUCCCAAUCAGGUAUAACCUGCUCCCUAGGAUCAUUGAAGCCAAGUACUUGGAUGCUAUGGAUGCAGAGCAUUAAACAGGGUCCUUCACGCACGGGACGGCGAGGGCAGCUCUUUCGGAGUUGGAAGAUGGCUUUGCCGAGGCGUAGAACAAUCUAUCUGCAGUUCUUUCUUUCACCACUUUCUUUCUGCUCUAAUAUGGCAUUGGUAAUGCAGAGAUAUCAAAGAUCAACUGAGUGUUGAAGUGUCAGACCAAAAAACAGCCUUGGACUUGGGAGGCCAAUGCUCUUUGGAGCUGUGAGGCAAGCAAGCUUUAUGGAAAAUGCUACUUCCCACAUCCCAAAACUGGAAACCCCAAAGAUCAGCAUGUCCAUACAGUUGGAGCAUGCGUUCUCAGAGUUGUCAUGUGCUCCCUUGUUUGAG